ACUACAACUGUCGUACAGCAAAGCCGAUUGAACACCAACCAGUUCGAAAUGGCACUAAUUUUCGAUGAGCAAGGGGUCAACAGAGGGUACAGUAGCGAUGACAGCGACGGCGAUGAGUCCACACACGGCUACUACACGUGCGUGGUGUGCAUGUGCACGGCGGUCUGCCCCCGUGUAAGCUUUUGCGGGCACCUUUUCUGCUCGCGGUGCAUUGAAGCCUGGAUGCAGGCGCAGGGACCCAUCGUCAAGUGUCCCUACUGCAAGUCGCGCAUUGCCGAAAAAACUCUGAUCACGGUUCAGCCCUUUUCCAACUACAGACAGCGUGGGGCGGCACCCUACCGCAGGUGCAAAUCUCUGCAGGAGCAUCGCCAGAAAAUGCUCCAAGAUAAUGAGUAUAUUGAGACACCGGUAAACCUGCCCCAGGCGUCUAUGUUUCUGCACGGUGAGAUCGAACUGCCUCCGGGACUGUUGCCGCGCUCCAAGCCGCUGGCACCGCAGCUGCUUCGUCAAGUAAAGGAACAGCCUCCCGUGCAGCGAACCUUUGUGGACUACAGCUGGCACCAGCGGGGCAUCACUCUCUUCAUCAUGGUGUUUCUGUUUGCCCUGUUGAAUUCCACGCGAGACCUCAAAUAGCAGCUUUUCGAUUAAAAAUUAUUUGAUUAACAUUCUGCAAGAUUUACUCCAGACAUACAUAUGUACAUACGUACGAUGCUAAAUAACUUUGUGAAU